UGCCAGUAUUGUCAUCAUCCCUCGCAUACGAUUCCCUACAAUACAAUUCUACAUAUCUAAAACAUAAUUCUAGCUAGCCAAACUAUGAAUCAAUCUACGAGGGGAAGUAGCUGGAUUUGGUCAAAGAAAAAGCGGCGUAAGUCAUGUAAGCUACGCUUCAAUAGUGAGAGGCUGUGGGAACCGAACUAUCUGAAGGCGAAAUGUAAGGAGUUGGGACUGGAAGAGGAAUACUUAAGGUACCAGAUCCGUCUCAUGAUCAGUUACUUGCGCGUUUUCUUCGUUUUAAAUACAAUAGUAACUGCCACUCAUUGCUUCGUGAUUAUAUUUUUUACUAAUCACAAAACUUUACUUUAUAUCGAUUUACCAUUUUACAUAGUGCCCAAUAUUGCUAUGCUUCUUUGUUUAAGUAUCAAUUUAUUUGAGAACUUCGUCCAUCGGCAUAGAUGGGUUUUGGCAGCGAGUUCGAUUUUAGCUACAAUUAUUUCGGUAUCGUCAGAUAUUGCUCAGUGCGUUGUCCAUACAAAAUGGAGCUUGAACAACACUUUCGAUACAUAUAAUCUGUGCAUGAUUUACAUGUUCCUGCCAAUAACUUCAUUCAUGUUGGCCGCGUCCUUGGCGACGUCGGUGAGCGUGGUUUACAUAAUGUAUUUCCUAUGCAGCCUAGCAACUCGGCGCAUGUACAGCGCACAAAGGGAAAGAGAAUUCGCCCAGGCUAUGGUAGACGUCUUCCACUACCUUUGCUUCAAUAUGCUGGGAAUGUUCUUCCGCAUGAUGAACGAUACGCUCGUACGCUGCUCCUUUCUUGACCGCCACCAGUUCAUGAUGGAGGAGCUCUGGCUUCGGAACGCCCGCCGGCAGGAGUCGAUGCUGCUGAACUCUAUUCUGCCGCCACAGAUAGCCAAGUCGCUUCAGAAGUCCAUCAAGGAACGGAUCAAAGCAACCGAACACGGUUCUAUAAUUAACCGAGCCCAGAUGCACUUCUCGAGCCCCUUGGCUAUCCAGAUACACCCCGACGUCAGUAUCUUGUACGCGGAUGUAGUGAACUACACCUAUCUUACAACGACACUGAGAGUGGAAAAACUAGUGACGAUUCUCCAUGACCUCUAUGGCAGAUUCGACAUGGCGGCCUCAAUUUUUAAGGUGCAGCGCAUAAAGUUCCUGGGUGACUGCUACUAUUGUGUGGCAGGUCUACAUGAACCGGAUCCUGAUCAUGCCAUCUGUGCCGUCUCUCUGGGCAUAUCCAUGAUUGCGAAUAUCCAGGAAGUGAAGAAGCAACGGAACUUAAACAUUGAUAUGAGAAUUGGGGUCCACUCGGGAAAUCUAUUUGCAGGGGUUUUAGGUGUUGCAAAGUUGCAGCUUGACAUUUGGGGACCCGACGUGGAAAUUGCCAAUCACCUGGAGUCUACCGGCGAACCAGGCUAUGUACAUGUCAGUAGCAGGACUUUGGCCAGCUUAAACUUGGACGAUUAUACAGUUAUACCGGGCACUAUCAAAGCCCAAGAAGAUCCUGUGCUCCAGAAACAUCCCAUGAGUACAUACCUCAUUACCGGAGCGGCACAACGAGACUCGUACCAGCAGUCCAGGGAUCCACAUCCAGCUUCUAUGCUAGACAUCCAAUCCCGGCCAAAGCAGCAUAGCAGAAGCUCAAAGCAAUUGUCAACCACUGAAGAGUUGCAGAUGGAGUUUCGCAAUAUGCCGGUUGGAGGGUUCGACUGCAGCUACUGCUUGCCCAGCAAGCCAGGCCAAAAUAAAAAGAAGCAAACAAAGAAUGAUCUUGGGAUGUUUUGUGCCGCUUUCAAGGAUUCCAGAGUUGAAUGGGAUUUUCUACGUAGACCCGACUAUAUGCUUAAAUACUCCAUAUUGAUGGCCUGGUUUAUUGGAAACUGUUUGGUAUUCAUUCAGCUCGUGACUAACCGAAGAAACUGUCCCCCAUGCAUUUUGGUUGAUAUCUUAGCUUUCUUUUAUUUAACCGCACUUCUUUGCAUUUCUUGGUAUAAAAAGUACUGCCACUGGAUGUAUAGAAAUGAUGAAACAAGGCUGUAUGGCCCCUUUAGCUGCUUGGUUUUCCGUUUGUUUGAGGGGAUUCAGCAAAGUAUGUCAAGACGCCUUUUACUUUACUUGUCUAUAUUAGGCACAUACUUUUUGGUAGUAUUUUUGAUUGUGAUAAAUUGUGAAGCUGAUUUAUUCCAGUUGAGCUUCAUUGAAGCAAAACUAUAUAGGUAUGAAGUGAGUAGGGAUGUUUGCUUCCAUCCCUGGGCCUUCACCAACAUGAUGGCUCUGAUUCUUGGAACGAGCUACAUGUUCAGCAGGAUUUCUUUUUCGUUGAAAACGAUAAUAAGUCUGGUGGAGGUCAUUGUGUAUUUUAUAUUUAUAUUCCUUCAGUUCACAUAUGUAUUCCACCAUAGUGUGACUACGACUCCCUAUUUGAUAGCGGAAGUCGCCCAUGCGACGCGAAUAAUAGUCACAUUUGUGACGUUCUAUUUAAAAGAGAGGCAGGUGGAGUUCAACACAAAGACGAAUUUUAAACUUAAUAUAGACCUUCAAAAUAAGCAACAUGCAGCCGAUAUAACCAACCAGUCGAUUAUCAUUCUACUCAACAACAUUCUUCCCACCCACGUGGUCGAAGUGUAUCUGUCGAAUGUAGCCAAGCACCAACUCUAUUAUGAAAACUACUCAAUGGUCUCGGUCAUGUUCGCCUCGUUAAUCAAUUUUCAAAUGGAUUUGCCUGGUCUACGGAUAUUAAAUAACAUAGUCACCGAGUUCGAUAAAUUGCUUAGCGUCUACAAAGAAUACUUUGUGGUUGAAAAAAUCAAGAUCGUUGGAUGCACUUACAUGGCUGCUUGUGGAUUAGAUUUCAACCUGGUCGAAAAUAGCUCUAGGGGCCUAGGAGAAAUAUCUGAACGAUUGUCACGCCCGCCAACGCUUUCAGGUUCUAUACGAAGCGACGCAAGCCACGACGAGGUUGUGCUAGUUAUGGCGACCUUCGCCCUGGACCUUAUGCGAACCCUUUCAGUGUGCAAUAUGGCCUAUUCGGAAAUACCUACUGAACGUGGCUUUUCCCACGGAAAUAUCUGUAUCGGCAUCUCCAGUGGGGAGAUAAUGGCCGGAGUGGUGGGCGCCUCUCAGCCGCACUACGACAUAUGGGGCCACCCAGUGAACUUGGCUUCCCGAAUGCAGUCGACUGGCUUGGCCGGUCACAUCCAAGUGACCGAAGAAUCGGCAAAAAUUUUGUCUGGGUACGGCAUUAGCAGUACUUUUCGAGACUUGACCUAUGUUAAGGGAGUUGGCAAAAUUCCGACGUAUUUUGUGGAUAUCGACACGGGCUUUCAGUUUAUUUUCAUUCCUGGCCCUCCAUCGGAAAGGCGUGGUACAACUCUAGAUACAUUCUUUCUUGAGAGGAAAUCCACAGAGGAAGAGGAAUAUUUCCAAUAGGUCUAUUCAUUUACAUUUAUUUCACAUAAACCUUCCUAAACAAAUACAUAUAUAUUUU